CAAUGGCAGCCAUCCCUUCACACCCACUUCCUCUCUGCUGUGCCGAAGGUGGACUAAUGGUGGCCCCAUGUCCACGCCUUAACCCUUAGAACCUGUGCCUGUGACUUUACUUGCAAAAAGGGCUUUUGCAGAUAAAAGUAUUUUAGAUGAGACCAUCCUGGAUUAUCUCAGGGGCCCUAAGUUCAAUGACAGGUGUCUCUGUCUCCCUAUCUCUGUGUGGCUCUCUCUCCACCACCUCUGGGGCUUUCUGUCAAUACUUGGGAGCACAGAGUUGCCUGUAGAUACAUCUCUCUCUCGCUCUCUCUCUCUCUCUCUCUCUCUCCUCACUAAUGUUCCAAAUGCUUUUCCCCAUGGCUCCGUCUCCCUCUUUCUCCGUUUCUCUGGUCUGGGACGUCCAGUGGAGAGACAAGCGGAAAAGGCCACGGGAAGACGACAGACGUUGGCUUCAGGCAGCCACAAGCCAAGGGAUGCCUGGAGCUGCCGGAAGCUAGAAGAGGCAAGGUCCCCAGAGUCUUCAGAAGGAGCGUGGCCCCGCCAAUCCUUUGACAUCAGACUUUGGCCUCCGGAACAAUGAGAAUGAUUUUCUUCUAUUCUAAGACACCCAGUUUGGGGUCAUUUUUCACAGCAGCCCUAGGAAACGGAUAUAGGCGGUGCAGUGGCCAGAACUUCAGGUCAGCCUCGAGGUCCCAGAAGGGCUCUGGUGUGUCUUUGCUGCUAACCCAUGAUGGGGGAACAGGGGCUCUCCUCCUUCCACCCCACCAGCCAGUAGCUCCCUCCUCUGCAGCCCUGGCCAGAGCUGCGUUUUAGUAACGUGGCCCCUCAGUGUUUGCACGCACAGACCCUGAUGACCAAAGCCUUGGCCUUAAACAACCUCAGAGAGGUCACACUCCUGGCACACAAUCUGCCAGCCCUGAGUACACGCUGUCCCAACCUGCGGCACUUCAGGAAGCAAGAACUCCGGGAGCUCAAACCUGUUUUAGGGUUUGGCAGGCUCCCACUGCGAAGGCCUGAUCCAAGGUCAGAGUCCACGUUCUCCGCCCAGACCUGAGAAACAGAGAACUAAAGAGGGAGACAGAGCUGUAGGGAACAGCAUUUGGAACAGAGACAGCAAGAGAGCUGCACCUACAGGAAAUACUGAGAUAUUGAGAGAGAGCUCCAGAGACGGUGGAGAGAGAUCCACAUAGAUAUGGGAGGACACGGACACCCAGUGCUUCUGCGAGCAGACAAAGAUACCCUGAAAGAUCUCAAAAACAAAACAAAACAAAAACAAACAUAAAACCUGGAUUACUCGGAACAUUUGGAAAGCAGAAAAGUGAAGAGAAGCAGACGGAGACUGGUGCUGGAGGGUGUCCAGCCCGAUAGCCUCCAGACUCCAGACUCCAGUUAUCACAGGGCAAGGGGCUCUCUCUGCCCUCCCCACUCCCUGACCUUUUCCACCUCAACCACACUGGUUGGUUCUAGAUCCUGUCUGUUCAGGUCCAGCCAGCCAGCUACUGCUGACAACACAGUUGCCGACGAGAGUCAGUGGCCCGUCCAGAGUGCACACCGGGUCAGACCCACGCACGGCUGUGAAUUUAGCUCCAGAAAUGGCAACCCAGCAUCCUGGGCUGUCUGCAUCCCAAGGUGACCCCUUAGAGGCCAGCUGCUAUUCAGCUACACAAGCUUUGGUCACACGACGACCGCCACUUUGACAAGGCGAGAGUUGGGGGUGCCACAGCAUGCGCUGUCAAGCUCCAAGACAGCUGUUGCCUAACACGCGCAGGCCAUCAGCGAGGAGCUCUCUGAGGGCGGGGAAGACAUCUUAACCAAUUUGGGGUUUUUCAAGCACCUGUCAAGGUGAGCUGCUGUGAGAAAGUGCUCCAUAUUGGCUGUUGAAUCAAAGGCUGACUCAGUGAAUUACUGGACCCUGCCCUUUGGGACGCAAGGCUAUUAAAGAAGAUAAAAUGCCAUAAAUCAUCUUAACCUGAUUUAGAUGGUGGGCAAGGUUAUGAUUGGGGGUGGGCAGAGAACUGCGGUGGCUCACUGACCACCAUUGAUUUAAGAAAGGCUUCCUGGAGGAGGUGGCCUUUGAACUGAGUUUUGAAGAGUAGAAGGUAUUUCCACAGGAGAGACAGUAAAACGAAUUAACAUGGUAGCAGGUACAUAAGCACCGACCUAUCAGAGGUGAAGCUGGCAGAGGCACUCCAGUGUAGUCCAGGGACCCCUGACGGGCCAGGCAUUACCCUUUCACAUGGGCAUCCUGAGCUUGGGGGGGGGUCCCCGGGGAGAAGCUGGUGUGGCAGGAGCACCCUAAAGCUAGGGAUCAUGGCACUAUGCCAACAGGCAGAAAUAUUCCCAUGUAUUUAUCCUACACAGACAGACUGGUGUGUGCCUACUGAAUAUUAGCCCUACAUUAUGGACCUGAAGUGGCCCUAUUGUCUUCUAGUUUGUUGCAGCCCCAGGAGCCUUACUAGAAAAUGAGUAGAGACUGUUCUCUGUCCGGUACUCCGUCACUAGAUCCCAGAGCAGUCCCUGGAGCGCGGGAGGAGACUCUGAAGUUGCUUAAACAGGCAGACCGGGAGCCCCUCGCCCAUUCGAGAGCUGGAGAUCCUCUCUUCUACGCUGUCUCCUUGUGCCCAGCCCUCCCUCCACUGCAAGCUCACUCGCCGCCAACAUGCCCUAAUAUAAGAAUUGGAUUCCAUCAUCCUCAUGCUCAAAAUAUUUCAUUCCUCCCCUCUGCCCAGAAUACCGCUGUCCUAUUGUUUUUACAAACCAGCCUGCUACUUCUUCUCCUUCAAUGCCCUGAUCAAACUUUACCCACUUCUGUACCACCUUCGAAGCAGAAUUCCUGCCUUCCCGCUAAAUAUUACAUGAUGAAAGUCUCCGUCUCCCCCGCACGAGGCUGUGAGCUCUUGCGGGCAGGCGCUGUGAUGUCUGACUCAUUUCCAUAUCCCUAGGAUAUGGCCCAGGGUCUGACAUAAGGUAGGUGCUAAAUAUUUGUUGAAUGCAAGAGUGGCUGGCGUCAAUUGUUAAGAAUUAGAUUAACCAAGGUGGUAAAAGAUUUGGAGGAAGAACGAAUAGUUUAACUUGGCGGAGGCAUGAGGGAGAGUAGCCAGAGAUAAGAUGGAAAGGUCCCUUGGGUAAGGUUUUAAGGGACUUGGACGUCAGAAGAAGGUGGGCAUAACUCUGGUAGCCCGUUGGGGAGCUGACACAGGUUUUCGAGCAGGGGAGUAAUAGGAUGAAAAGUUUAAAAAAUACAUCUAGUUUAAACUCAUCAGAGUCCCUCUCACCCAUACUCGGAGUUUCCCAUUCAUGCCCAGGUUUGCCUCCCAGCCAGCCCUCCACUGACUCACCUCUAGGCCUACCCAGCAGCCCGCCCUACCCCUUUGCCUGUUCCCUACCUAGGCCAGAGGUGUAUACGAGGGCUGCCUGCCUUCUUAGCCAGGGGUCUUAGGGACCCCAGCUCCUCCAUCUUUCCCCUUCCUUGCCUGGGGCUGGGAAGCAAGCCAGGGUUAACUGAAGCUGGCUGGCAAGCAGCCGGGUAGUGCCAGGGAGAGCAUGGACAGUGCCAGGUGGUGCCUUGGCUUCCAAGCCAAGCCUGUGACUUCGAUAACCUUCCCUACGCACACACCUGCCCCUCACUCCACCCCUACCCAGCCUCUGGUAUCGGGGAGGGGGGCGCGAGGCCAGAUAGACCCGCGGGACUUUGGCUCGCUCUCUACAAAAGGGCAUUCUGUGAGUCAGCCUGCUCCCCUCCAAGCUCGCUCCUCCCCCACCGGCUCCUGUUUCCAAUGCACGUACAGCCCGUACACACCGUGUCCCGGGACACCCUGCAGUCAGCCGCAUGGCUCCCCUGUGCUCGGGCCCCUGGCUCCCUCUGCUGACCCCAGCCCCUGCCCGGGGCCCCACCGCACAUCUGCUGCUGCUGCUGCUCCUGGUGCCCGCCCAUCCCCAGAGCCUGCCCCAGGUGCAGGGGGAAUCGGCUACAGGAGGAGGUUCAUCAGGGGAAGGUGAUCCAGUAGGCGAGGAAGAUCUGCCCAGUGAGGAGGAUCCACCUGGGGAGGAGGAUUCCCCUGAGGCUGAGACUAAGCCAGGAGAAGAGGACUCCCUGAAGUUAGAGGACCUACUGACCACGGAAGCUCCGGUGCACACUCACGGCCCCCCGAACAACGCCCACAAGGGCAAGAAAGGGGACGACCACAGCCACUGGCGUUAUGGAGGAGACCCGCCCUGGCCCCAGGUGUCGCCCGCCUGCGCCGGCCGUUUUCAGUCCCCGGUAAAUAUCCGCCCGGAGCUCACCGCUUUCUGCCCGGCCCUGCGCCCCCUGGAACUCCUGGGCUUCGAGCUCCCGCGGCUCCCAGAGCUGCGCCUGCGCAACAAUGGCCACACCGUGCAGCUGACUCUGCCCCCCGGGCUGCAGAUGGCCCUGGGUCCCGGGCGGGAGUACCGGGCGCUGCAGCUGCACCUGCACUGGGGGUCUGCGGACCGCCCGGGCUCUGAGCACACCGUCAACGGGCACCGUUUCCCUGCCGAGAUCCACGUGGUCCAUCUCAGCACUGCGUUCGCCGAGAUCGGCCAGGCCUUGGGGCGCCCGGGGGGGCUGGCAGUACUGGCUGCCUUUCUGCAGGAGGGCCCGGAAGAAAACAGCGCCUAUGAGCAGCUGCUGUCACAUUUGGAAGAAAUCCCUGAAGAAGGCUCAGAAACUUGGGUCCCAGGCCUGGAUGUGUCUGCACUGCUGCCCUCCGACCUCAGCCGCUACUUCCGCUAUGAGGGGUCUCUGACCACACCCCCCUGUUCCCAGGGGGUCAUCUGGACUGUGUUUAACCAGACAGUGAGGCUGAGUGCGAAGCAGCUCCACACCCUCUCAGACUCCCUGUGGGGACCCGGUGACUCCCGGCUGCAGCUGAACUUCCGGGCGGCGCAGCCUUUGAAUGGGCGAAUCAUCGAGGCCUCCUUUCCUGUUGGAGGAGACAGCAGCCCCGAGCCAGUACAUCUGAAUUCCUGCCUUGCAGCUGGGGACAUCCUGGCCUUGGUUUUUGGCUUCCUCUUCGCUGCCACCGGCAUUGCCUUCCUGGUGCAGAUGAAGAGGCAGCACAGUGACAGGUUUGAGACCAAAGCGGGGGUUAGCUACCACCCAGCAGAGAUGGCAGAGACUGGCGCCUAGAGGCCCGGAUCUGGACAAUGCAGAGCAGACGGCUACAGGAAACUGGGUCCUGCCGUGCCCGUUAACCACUUCCUUCUUAACCCGCAAAGAAUUUUUUUAAAUAAACAUUUCUAAUAAA